UAGACACCGCGAGUGAGAGUAAGAGAGCAAAUUUGUUACUAAUCAAACAAUUGACCAUAAAACAUUCCAAAUGCGCUGAAGCCGAGACUUAUCGCACAGUCGCGUUCCACUUCGCAUUCCGUACGAAUCGCUACCGUCUCCAGCAAAUCGGGAAAAUGUCGGUGGCGCAGCACCUGAUUGUUUUUACAGUUGGCGGACUGCUUCUGGGAUUCCUGGGGCCAAGUUCCGCGGGAGUUCCUCUGUCGCGGUAUGAAGCCACGCUCAAGCAGCAAUCGGAGGUCGAGGAUCCGUCUCUGGGGCUCUACGACGACAACGACAAGGUGGUCCGGUUGAAUGUUGACAACUUCAAUGCCACGGUGUUGGACCAGAACCGAGGGGCGCUCGUCGAGUUCUACAACACGUAUUGCGGACACUGUCGGAGAUUCGCGCCCACCUACAAGGUGAUAGCGGAGCACCUGUUGCCCUGGUCCGAGGUUCUCAUUGUCGCCGCCAUCGAUUGUGCGGCGGAGGAGAACAACGGCGUCUGCCGCAACUACGAGGUGAUGGGCUAUCCCACGCUGCGCUAUCUCGGACCCGGUUUCCAGCCCAGUGCUGGGCACUACGGCCAGAGCCUGCUGACCCAAGAUGAGACCGAAAUACGGGGACUGCUGGCGGGCAUGCUUGCGGCGGAGAACAUGACCAGCAGUCACAACAACACUCUCUGGCCCAGCUUUCACACCGUCACGGAGAAUGACUCGGCGUCUAGCCUGUUCGAGGGACUCAGCAGCGUCAAGCAGUACGUGGCAGUGGUUCACGAGCCGGAAAACUCUACAGUGGGCAUAGAAACGGCCAUGUUCCUGCUCGCUUGGCCAGCGGUGGAAGUGCGUCGCGUCCUCGAUGCCAAGGUGGCGGCCAAGUUCAAGAUUGAGCCCACCAACCUGCCCCUCAGCCUGGUCGAUCGCAAGGGAGAGAUUAAAGCCUAUGCGCCGGAAAAUGCAAACAGUGAAUCCUACGCCAAGCAGAUCGAAAAGGUGCUACGGGAGAAGAACAUCACACCCAGGCCGGUGAAGCUGGUGCAACCACGGACCACAGUCGCCACAAAGAGUGGGGAACAGAGCGACCUCAUCAAGGAGGUGCAGCGUAACAAGCACUUCGUCUACCAGGCGGAUCUCGAGCAGGCUAUUCGCACGGUGCUGCACAACGAGGUCUCCAAGGUGAACGAUAUUGGCGGUGAGCGGCUGCUUGCCCUCCAGCGCUUCCUGACCGUGCUGCAGCGCUACAAUCCGCUGGGCGCCAACGGCCACAAGCUAGUCAACCACCUCAAGGACUAUGUGGUGCAGUUCAACGAGCAGCUCUCGGGAGAGCAGUUCGAGCAGGAGCUGAAGCGACUGGAGGCCCAACUCUCGCCCGUCUACUCCUCUACACACUUUGUGGGAUGCGCUGGCUCUAAGCCCCGCCUGCGUGGCUACAGCUGCUCUUUGUGGACUCUAUUCCACUUCAUGACAGUGCAGGCAGAGUCCAACGAGGAGUCGUCGGAUCCGCUGGAAGUCCUGCAGGCCAUGCAUGGCUACAUCAAGAACUUCUUCGGCUGCACCGAAUGCGCCGAGCACUUUCAGGCAAUGGCAUCGAGACGCAAAAUCUGGAGCGUGCCGAACAAGGAGGAGGCGGUUCUCUGGCUGUGGGCUGCACACAAUGAGGUGAACCAGCGGCUGGCUGGUGACGAUACCGAGGAUCCUGAGUUCCCCAAACUGCAGUUCCCCAGUCCAAACAGCUGUCCAGAGUGCCGUAGAUCGCCAGAUACCAAGUCGGAGAACCUGGAGAUCGAUUGGAACAAGGACGCCGUGCUGGGCUUCCUCAGGAAUAUACACAAUCCGCAGUUUAUCAACCGCUACGGCGUCCAGCGGGAGGAGCUGCUGCAUCCGUCGGCGGAUAAGAUGCGGCAGAAGCGUCAAAUAUCCAGCGUCUUCACCGACAUGGAUAUGCGAAUGGGCAUGCUGCUGUACGCCUUCUGCAUCGUGAUGAUGGUGCUAGCCUUCAAGCUGUUUGUCUUCAAGGGAUACCGCAAGAAGCCUUAUGGACACGACCUGCUCGGUAAGGUAUAGUGUGGUCGAAUGGAUAAUCCCCGACAAAACUUCCGCUAAUUGUAGAAAAAGACACGAACACCGAUACCAUGACCACCUCUCUGCAGAAUGUCUUUGUGUUUUGUAAUCGUGGCACUCAGCGUUAGGAUUAAGAUAAAAGUGUGUGUUGUGUAUAUAUAUUAUGACAAUUAUCUUCCAGUUGUAGUCCCUAAAAACAUAAUCGCUUUUUUACAACGACAAGGAUGCACCAAACGUGAUUUUCCACUCCACAAGUAAACGCUCUUCUGUGUGCAUCUGAAUAAAAAAAUGAACAAAACAUGGGAA